CCAUAUGCGUCUGCUGUGUGUAAGCCAUAGACCUGUUUUACACAUCACGCAAGACAGUCAGCGAUGGAGAGCCCCAAACAGGAAAUUAUGAAAGAAUGAACACAGCAUGUAUCUCUGUUUAUUGAGAAAGGACAUGGGUGAGAGGACGGGCUGAAAGCAAGAAUCUGUGGACAUGUUUGAAGCUACAGUAGACCUAAAGCUACAAAAUUGUCAAGAAAAAGGUAAGAAAAUAUGACCAACACUGAAGAAACUACAGUGACAUGAACUUCCUGUAGCCAUCAUGGACGCCUCUGAGAAGCAGCCGUCUUGAUUUGGGAUUCACUGUGAGACUUUAAUACUAAGAUGAACCAGAGCUGUGCCAGCACUGAGGACUUCAGGACAUACCAGCACUACCUGUACGCUGUGGUCUACAGCGUGAUCCUGGCGCCGGGGCUGCUGGGUAAUGUGCUGGCACUCUGGGUCUUCAGAGUCUAUAUCAGAGAGACCAAGAAGGCUGUGGUGUUUAUGAUGAACCUGGCUGUGGCCGACCUCCUGCAGGUGCUAUCUCUUCCACUGAGGAUCUACUACUACCUGAACAACAGCUGGCCCUUCGGUCGCCCCCUCUGCAUGAUCUGCUUCUAUCUCAAAUACGUCAACAUGUACGCCUCCAUCUUCUUCCUGGUUUGUGUGAGUGUGCGGCGCUGCGAACUCAACAUACGCCCCCUGCGGUACAACUCAGCACGGCGCAAAUGGGACAUACUCACUUGUGCUUUGGGAUGGUUAACAGUCUGUCUGGUUUGUCUCCUCUUCCCUUUACUACGAAGCCCCAGCGCGCAAAACUCUAGUACCGACGUACUUGAAGACAGCCAGAAGUUCACUUUCGUUUGCUUUGCGGAGCUGCCGAUGAGAAACCUUAACCCAUCAGCUGCUUGGGCUCUAUUAAUCAUCGCCGAACUCUCAGGAUUCAUAAUACCUUUAGUUUUGGUGAUAGCUUGCACUUGUUUAACAGCUUGGAGUUUGAGGCAUCCAGCGUCAGAAGCUAUCCCAGACCGCGGAGAGAAACGAAGAGCCCUGAGGAUGGUGCUAAGUUGCACUGUAGUAUUUCUUAUCUGCUUUGUACCGUACCACGUGACGAUGCCGCUAGACUUUUUGGUGAAAUCAAACUUCUUGAAAAACUGUGCACUCAGAGAUUUUGUGCUACGUUUUCAUCCCAUUACUCUGUGUCUGGCCAGUUUGAACUGUGGCCUGGACCCUCUUAUGUACUACUUCAUGACGGAUGAGUUUUGGAGGCGGCUAAGUAAACAUGAAAUCCCCGAUGGAGUGAAUUUCAGUCGGAGAUUGUCGUGUAUCACUGGGGAGGACGUGCAAAAUGGUGAUUCUACAACAGAGACGAGCUGAUAAAGUAUAUUUUGAAUAAACUGUAUUUGGAUAAACACCACUGAGACUUGAGAUGACACUUUUCAGGCAAGACAUUGUGACCAGCUGCCCUAUAAGUAAGGCUUAUUUAUGCUCCACUUCUGUACGUAAACAAACUGUCAUUGUAUUUAUACUUCCAAAUGUUUCUAAUGUCAAGGUCGUGUUCUGUUAAGUAACCACCAGAGGGCGUUAAAUGUCAGCUUGAGAAUAGGCUCUGUGCACAAUAGCACCCGUCAGCCUCACUGUUAGCGUCGCUACUUCCUGUCCAGUGUUAUUUCUGUGAAGUUUUUGCUGUUGUACUAAAAUGAAUACAUAUAUAAAUAUAGAAGAUGAGGCACUGAAAUGGGGGAUGUGGGUGGAUGUCACUGAAAAUGUGAUAAAAAGUACAGAAAUAAAAAAGAAUACUUCACUGGAGAACACUGUGAGAGAUGUUUGUGUCUCAGUGCUAAUGCUAAGGCUAAUUUUGAGGCAUAAACAAAUAUUAAAAACAAAAAAUUUAAAACUCCACAAACUGAAGUAUUCUAAGUAUAAAAAUAAUUAUCUUUAUUUUAAUCAGUUUGAAUUCUAAUAAACAGAUAAUUUAUUAACACAGCAGAUGUGCGCCCGGCCUGAAUGCGGAAAGCGCCGCGAUCAACAUGACGCUGCAACAUUAGCUGGCGCUGUUUUCAACACUAAAAUAGUUUAUCGCCGUGUGAUAAAAUAAGUUAUGAUGCUAAAUGAACAUUAGUGAGUGGGAUGCGUCUUAAUGACCCAUAUGCGUUAAAUCAGGUGAGUGCAUAAAUGACGAGAAGGAAUGUCUCAAACUUCAGUAGCCUAAUGUCGCAAUUCUAUUGAAUGUCGGUAGUCAAUAAAUCCGAGUCAGUUCUCCCGACAUCCUUGGUAAAUUCAAAUUUGUUCCAUUGCAACAGUUGGAGAAAAUAUGAAUGCCCAAGAAAGGUUAAUAUUGUGUUUCGAAAUCCUGAUUUGGUUGACUGUUCCUGUUUCUGGAGGUCUCCCCCCCCCCGAGAACCCUCUUUCUGUAGAAGACAUGUGCAGUAGAGUGCAAAGUGACUGUUAUAAAAUAAACAACCUAUAGAGAGAUUAUGUUUUACCAUUUUAAUAAAAGUGACUGUUUGAGACACAGUGAGUGUGCUGCUGUGCACAAAGCCUAUGACCAAAAUGGAGAAAAUAGAGCAACAAAUAAACAGGUUAGAUUGCAUUUGUUAGAAAAUAUUCAAGAAAAAAAAAAAAAAAAACAAGGCGAGAGAAGCACUUUUAUUUGUUUUGCAGGUGGUUGUAAUCGCUUUAUAAGAAGUUUAGCUUCCAAAGUUGAGCUGUGUUCUCUACUGCCCCUGGUGGUCAGUUCAUGUACAGCUCUGUUGCAAAGAACCCACAUGUUCUGAGGAGAUGGACCAGAUGAUGGACAGAACAACACGGGACGUACAGAAGCCUACAUGUGUAUCCAUAUUUGUGUAGAACGUAGAGCAUAAAUGAGCCCUCCACUGACUGCCUGUCUCCAUGGAGAAUUCAUUGCUUUGUAAUGUUCCACAAUAGGGCAUUAAACAUAUCCAUCUUGCAUUUCUUUUAUUUAUUUUUUUUACUGCUAAAUACCUUGAAAAGCGUGCAUUCUUGCUGUGAGCGUAGCAUGAUGGUGUCACCUGAACUUCCAUGCAGAUAAAUAAGUUUAAUACCAUGCUGUGGAACAUUUGUGGCAAAGCUACAGCAUUGUCAUGGCAACAAGCAGGUAGCAGAACCUCCACCUGAAAAGUUACAAAGUGCACUUUUAAAUGUUGUUCACAGACUCUGCUAUUUGUCAGUACUGGCCUAUGUGUUUUUCAUAUGGUUUCAUUCACCAGUGACACCCUUUAGAAUUUGGGGAAUUCACAAUUUCAAAGUCAAAUCAAGUCAAAUUUUUUGGGCCAAAUGAUUCUGUUCUCAAUGGUCAUAAUGUUUUGGUUGACGGGUGUAUCUGCCACAUGUAUGUGAAAAUAAUAAGGGAAUAUUAUAUUUAUUUUAAGCAUGUAUUUUGUUGUACUUUCUGCAUACUGAGCUUUAGAAUUGAGCCAAUAUCUACACCACUAAAAUCAACAGGAAAAAUGGUAACUAUGUACAAAACUAUGCGUUGAAAACAUCACUGCUUUAUUUAUAUGAUUACAAUUAUUAAAAUGUCUUAUAGCUCAAAGUGCUGGAGUUGUAUGGUGCAGCUCGAUCUGUUUCAGA